GCCCACUGUGUACUGUAAUCCGUACAUUACACGUUCAGUUGGCAGCCAAAGGGACGUCAUCUAUCGUGUACCGUCCAGGGGUAUGUAGGGUGGCCCCGCCCCAGGAGCUUGGGCCUCUGCUGCGACUAAACAUUAGGAUUUCCAGGGUCAAGCUUCGGUGCAUCCUGCGUUGCUGCAGAACUGUAACAUCCAUCUCGUCAUUCAAAAUCCGUCCUUCUUUCCUCUGAGACUGUUGAUUUGUGUACUCAUCGUCUGCACAAAGAAAGUUUUUCUCGGCGCAUGCACUACUGAAGCUUCCUUGUGGUUUCUCCCGGUUUCCUUGAAAUUGGUCUCGACUCGCUUGUAUUCUAGAUAGCUCCUUACCCGCCCAUACUCAGGCAUGAUAAACGUCAGCUCCCAGGCAAUUGCCCAACAAAGUCCUCUUUUUUAUCAUCUCAGGGUUCCCCGCUUUCGCUGUCGAGCUCCCUUCCACACUACCAGGUCCACCAUUGUCAACAUCGCCAAAACAUCUUCGACUUUAUCGCUCACUGCUCGCAAUCACUCAUUUGACAAACUACAGAAUUAUUCCGCUAGCUUUGCAUCGUUUGUUCGUACUACUUUGAAGUCGACAGGAGCAUCGCUCUUGAGCUACCGCACGAUGGCAACACCGCACCAUUCCAUCCUCAAGAAGGGGCCCGUGACAGAGGCCAAGCUUCUUUCGAGGAAUUUGACACAUUUGUUCCAGGAGAAGGAGCUCAAAACCCAGGCCGAAGGACUCGAGAUGGCAAAGACUGUGAGCUGCGAUCUCACCAAGCCCCCACCACCAAACAAGAGAUUCAAUGAUCGCAUCGCCCUGUAUCAUGGCGACAUCACCAAGCUCAUGGUCGACGCCAUUGUCAAUGCCGCAAAUGAGACCCUUCUCGGCGGCGGCGGUGUGGAUGGCUCAAUUCAUCGUGCAGCCGGCGGAGGACUUUUGAGGGAGUGUAGGACACUCGAUGGAUGUGACACCGGUGAUGCCAAGGUGACAGAUGCCUAUGACCUGCCCUGUAAGAAGGUCAUACAUGCCGUGGGUCCGGUUUACAACGAGAGACACAGGGAAGAGUGUGAGAUGCUGCUUUCUAGCUGCUACACCCGGAGCUUGGAGCUAGCCGUCGAGAAUGGAUGCAGAUCAAUUGCCUUCCCUGCGAUCAGCACAGGUAUCUAUGGAUAUCCAAGCAGAAGGGCUGCCAACGCCGCCAUAACAGCUGUCAGGAAAUUCCUUGAGUCGGAUCAGGGGGACAAGAUCAGUUUGGUAGUCUUCUGUUGUUUCCUGCAGAAGGACAUGGAAAUUUACACAGACAAGCUUCCCCUUUGGUUUCCACCUGUAACUGCAGAAUCCGGCGGCGUAAAGCCCAAGCGUAGCAUGCUUGAUGUCGGCGACGACGAUGCAUCACCGCCAAAGACGAAGUAGGCUGACGUCAAGAGGCGAAAGAGCUCGAGCGGUCCGGUAGAGCCUGCUACUGUUUCGGCUCAACCGCAUAUCCAUAAAAACAUCACAUUCGUCGACUUACCUUCUAAGCAUUCAUCUCCCACCGAUGCAUCAACCAGACAUCCUGUGGCAGAAUCUGCUUCGGGGCCUUCGACAAGUAUAUACAGAGUUCCAAGCAUGGUGGACGAGGUAUUGGCAGCCAACCGUCCCGCGGGCAGCGAGUCUGGGCCUCCAGACGUAGCAACAAGAGAGGGCGCACAUGAUGUGAUUAGUCUGCGGAGACUUUCUCAAAUGUCAACUGCCGGCCGGAAGGAUGUUGAGCUGAGACAGGUAUCGACGACAGGAGAGAGUCGACGCGAAAGUCGGAACAGUCGGAACAGUCGCAAUGACGAAUGUUGCUGUAGCUACUGCACAAAGCCAUGUGUGCAGUACUGUCCGACUUGCGUCCUGUCCUAAGUUUGACAUGCCUUGCUUCGGCGUCAUCAUUCAAGCCGACAACAGUCUUUCUUCUUUACCCUUUUUCUUAGGCACUGGCCGAUUGGCCAGCUUUGCUUCCCAGCAGCCCAGAAUUGUUCCUUGACUUUCUAGCGUCUAGUUCUAUCUCGCUGUAUAGUCCAGCGACCAAGUUUGAUCAAGGGCAAAUUGAGAUAGAGAUACCCAGGUUUAGUUUAGUAAUAUGAACAGGUCUUGAUAAACGAAAGAUAUGGUUCAUUUGGUC